AUGUCGGCCAGUUCCACAGUCCGAGGACGCCGGUCUCAUCGCAAAUCACGUAACGGGUGCCAGCAAUGCAAGCACAGGAAAGUCAAGUGUGGCGAGGAAAAGCCGACGUGCGACAACUGCAUGCGCCAUGGCGUGCGGUGUUCCUUUGCGGUUUCAACACGACUGGCCGAAACAGCUUCCUCAUUCACCGAAGCCACCUCCGCAUCGAAUAACACAACCCUACCCCAGCCACCCUCCUCAACCGGCACCUCCGACCUCGCCAUCGCCGACCUCGAGCUCCUCCACCACUACACCACCUCCACAGCGUACACCUUCUCCGCCAACCCGACCCUGCAGACGCUGUGGCGCGUCGAAGUCCCCAAGAUCGGGUUCACCGCCCCGUACACCCUGCGGGCGAUCCUGGCGCUCUCCGCCCUCCACCUAGCGGGCCUCCGCCCGGGGCACAAAGACCAGUACCUCCAACUGGCCAGCACGCACCACGACGCGGCCCUUCGGCUGGCCACGCCCGCCAUCGCACACCUGACCGCCACCAACGCGACGCCGUUAUUCCUCUUCUCCGCGCUCUCCUCCUUCAUCUGCUGCGCCAAGCCCCUCAAACUCGGCAACUUCCUGUUAUGGGAAGGCCACGAGAUCGCCAACUGGCUUCUCCUCAUCAAGGGGACGGGGACCAUCGUCGCGGUGGCCGAGGAAUCCCUCAAGAACGGACCGCUGGGCCUGCUCUUCAGCGUGCACCGCCGCCCCCGGGCCCACGACUUCGACGACGCCGCCGCCACGCAGCACGCCUUCCUCGAGGACCUGCGGCAGUUCGUCCUGGCCGAAGCCACAGACGACCCGCCCCGCCAGACCAUCUACUCCGAGGCCAUCGACCACAUGAGCCACUGCUUCACGCUGUGUCGCGCCAAAGGGUGGCGGCUGGAGACGGCGGACGUGUUCAUGUGGCUGCUGCGCGUGCCGCAUGAUUUCCUGCUGGCCCUGAAGGAGUACCAGCCGCCGGCAAUGGUGAUCGUCGGGUAUUUUUGCGUGCUGAUGCAUCAGCUGGAGUGGAUCUGGUGCAUGCGCGGCUGGGGCACCCAUAUCCUCUCGCAGAUCUAUGAGCAGGUGCCUGGCCCGGUGUAUCGGGCGUGGUUGCAGUGGCCCAUGGAGCAGAUUGGGGUGUUGCCGGAGAGUUAGGUUCUUCUCGGAAUGGGUGGGGUGGAAUGGGAGGCGAACCCGGUAGAUAGGGCGGGUCUAGGCUCGUGACUUCGAUGGCGAGACGUAAGUCACCGGUCGGUAAAUAGUGAGCAUCAUUUUGCAGUGCC